AUGUCAAACCGAGCUUCAACAGUGCCCAACCUCGAUCUGAGCUCGUGGAAAACCGAGUCGAAGAAAGAGAAGGUCUCAUCGCCUGUGACGCUAGGUGACCACAGUUCAGAUGGACUAAGCCCCUUAACACCACGUUCACCCAAGUCUGCAUCGAGCUCUCCACUUUUCAAAGGCGCAACGAUUCGCCCUGUGGCGCAAGACUCCGACAGCAAGGCAACCAGCCCUACUCUCGCACUCUCUCCUGGCACAGGCCCCGCCGAGCCUACCACACCCGGUAUCACAGCAAUUCCUCAACAUUUCCCUUCUCCGAAAGACUCAAGGCAUACGCGCGAUGCCUCGAAAUCAUUCUUUGGCAACCUCAAAGCACCGAAAUCAUCACACAAGUCACAACGCUCAGAUAGUUCGGAGAAUUCCACCGAACAUCCCAAGAGCAGAGGCAGCUCCAGAGAACGGAAGACACCAAUUGCUUCGAAACAAUACGAAUCAACGCCUGACCUUCCAGGGGCACUUGCCCGUGCGACUGGAAACGAAAGGACUAGUUGGUUUCCCUCGUCAACCAUGUGGAUCAUAUCUAACAAAAUAACUACAGAUGGACUUUCAGGCCAAAAUAAUUCGCAGCAAACAGGCACAAAGAAGGUCGCUACAGAUCUAGAGUCUGCCAUACCGAAGAAAAACAAACAACGAUUUGCGAACCUUUUGACCCGAUCUCGCUCUAUUCGAGUUGACGACUCCUCCGGUCCCAGACCACCACGCCGGCGCCCCUCUACUGGUCUGGCAAAACUCGAAGAGUUCAGUCAAAGCGCAACAACGGCCGCGAAUCCACCCCGUUGUGCGACUGCAACUGCGGCUGCGCCUGCGCGACCCGAACGCAGCAUUCAGGGAGGUUUGCGGCCUCCUGAGCGCCAUACCGACACCAUGUCUUUGCGAAAAGAGCGUAGCCACGGUAGCAUGGUUGCAUCGGGUUCGCUAAGUCAAGUUUCUGGCGCCUCGGCUACCAUUUUCAGCAAUCUGAAGUCUUCAUCAAGCGGCACUGCAGACCGUAUUGGCAAGGCCGGGAAAGGAUUCUUUAGCAAGAUUACUCGCAGCGGCAGUACCAACGAGAGAGAGAUGAUCACCGAUGACUCGUACACAUGCUCGGUGAUCAACCUCCCGCUCAUUGAGCAGGCGAGAAAGACCCGCAUUGCGAAGAAGCUCGAGGACUGCCGAGACAAGACCGAGUUCUGGAUGCCCGCCUUGCCAUACCGCUCAAUUGAUUAUCUAAAUUUUAAGGGUUGCGAGGAAGAGGGCCUUUACCGUGUUCCCGGUAGUGGUAGGGAGGUCAAGCACUGGCAACGACGAUUUGACACAGAACUCGACAUCGAUCUUUUCGAUGUCCCUGAUCUUUACGACAUUAAUACGGUUGGAUCUCUCUUCAAAGCUUGGCUUCGUGAACUUCCAGAUGAGCUUUUCCCCAAGUCGACGCAAACAAUGAUUGCUAUGAAGUGCGAAGGCGCCACAACGGCACCACAGCUUCUCAAAGACGAGCUCUCCAAGUUACCGCCAUACCAUUACUAUCUCCUCUUCGCCAUCACCUGCCACCUCAACCUCCUUCACUCAUACGUGGACCAGAACAAAAUGGACUACCGCAACUUGUGCAUUUGCUUCCAGCCCUGUAUGAAGAUCGACGCAUUCUGCUUCCAAUUCUUGGUAUGCGACUGGAAGAACUGCUGGCAGGGAUGCUGGACCGAGAAGGAAUAUCUUGAGAUUGAGAAAAAGAUGGACGCGCGCGACCUACGGGUCUCGAUAGAGCAGGAGGCCUUUAAGGCAAAGGAACGGGCCUCUGCCAGCCAUGAACGUGCCAUCUCAUCUUCCAGCAGCAGCGCCGGGGAAGAAUCUCGACAACCUUCUCGGCAGCCUUCUCGUGAGCCACCUCGCCCGGCGACCUCACGUCCAGCAACCACUCGCCCACAAAUUGCUCUCCCAGAACCUGCUCGCCCAGCAACUGCUCGCACCCGAAAGGCUCCGCCGAAGAAUAUCGAGACGUCACACAACCGGAGCAUCUCUCAGCUUCCCGAGCUUGGCCCACCGCUCUCUCCUAUCAAAAUCUAA